AUGCUGCUGCUGGUAGUGCUUGUGGCCACAGCCGCUUGGUCUUAUGGAUUUUCACAAGAAAUUCCCGUGCAGAGCCCUGUAUCCAUCACCAAGUUCAAAAACAGUGUACGGAUGACAUGUAAAAUUCAAACAUUAGGGGAAAAUUUUGUUCGCACCGUCAUACACUGGUAUCAACAGAAGGAGGGUAAAGCUCCAGAGAGGCUCCUGUUCUUUUCACAAGGGAAAGUUUCGGUUGAAAGUGGCUUUCAAGAGAACAGGUACAUGGUUGAAAACGUUUCUGGCCAGAACCAGUGUGUUCUUACAAUAAACGAUGUACUUCCAGAUGACGCUGCUACUUACUACUGUGCCUACUGGGAUCCUCACUCAAACAUGCUGCUGCUGGCAGCGCUUGUGGCCACAGCCGCUUGGUCUUAUGGAUAUGCACAAGAAAUUCCCGUGCAGAGCCCUCUGUCUGUCACCAAGUCUAAAGGAAGUGUACACCUGGAAUGUCACUUUAAAGACUUCUCUGGAGAUUUUGAUGACACCGUCAUACACUGGUAUCAACAGAAGGAGGGUGAAGCUCCAAAGAGGAUGCUCUAUGCAACACAGAGAGAAACAGUAGAUGAGGGCUUCCAAGCGCACAGGUAUAGGAAUGAAAGGGUUUCUAGCAAGAAACUGUGUAUUCUUAGAAUAACCGAUGUCAUUCCAGAUGACACUGCUACCUACUAUUGCGCCUACUGGCAUAGUCACCGACUUGUAUACAGUGACGAUUACAAAAUCUUCGGAACUGGCACAAAGCUUAUUGUUUCUGACAAAGGAAUAUCUCCACCGGCAAAUUCUGAAAUCCUGCAGAAGAAACAUGAAAAUCAGAUAAUUUAUGUUUGCCUUAUUGAGAAAUUCUACCCAGAAGUUAUUCGGGUGACAUGGACCGAUGGAGAAAAGGAGGUAACAGACAACGUAGUAAAAGGAGACAUUUGGAAGCCCACAGAAGAGGAUAAAUACUCAAUCGGCAGCUGGUUAACUGUACCACUGGAGAACAAAGAUAAGAUCUAUCGCUGCAAUUAUGAGCAUGAAAGCAGACAGUCAUUUCUGCAGACACAAGAUUCUACAAAGACUGUUCCUCAGGGAGAGGACUGCAGCACAUAUCCUGGAAACAGCACAGUUUUUAAUAGAGAUCACUUAAUGCACAGGGCAGCAUAUUUAGUGUACAUCAUCCUUCUUCUGAAGAGCUCCAUGUACAAUUUCAUCGUACUCUUCUUCAUCUACAGAAUGUGGGCUCCAACCAAGCACCACGGAAAGAAAGCAUAAAUGCUGGUUUAGGAAAGGCUUACAAAAUUGUCUUCAAUUUGCUUUGCUAUAUACUUACCCAUAUAGACUCCCCUGCUCUCAG